GUCUCGCGGGAUUGCUCAGCUCUCGCCCGGCCGUGCGACUCCCGGCUCCCGCGGUGGCCGGAGUCCCGGACGCUCCCUGGAGCCGUCGCUGGCCGCGGGGGGACGGUGGGCUGGACGGGGACGGGGAGGAACGGGUGCCUUCGACCGCCGCCCGAGUAAUUGACCCAGAACUCAUUUUCAGGAAAAAGAGCUUCCUUCAAAAUGGUAAAAUAAUCAAAUGAGGAAUUUGAACAUUUGUAUCUUUGGAUGGAAAUCUGAGAAUGAAGAGUGAUUAAUACAAGCCAUGUGGUAAAAUUAGGAAUUUGAAGAGAAUGGAAACGUUUACGUUUUUGUGGACAUGUAUUUUUCUACCCCUGGUAAGAGGGCACAGUCUUUUCACCUGUGAACCAAUUACUGUUCCCAGAUGUAUGAAAAUGGCCUACAACAUGACGUUUUUCCCUAAUCUGAUGGGUCAUUAUGACCAGAGUAUUGCUGCUGUAGAAAUGGAGAUUUUUCUUCCUCUUGCAAAUCUGGAAUGUUCACCAAAUGUUGAAACUUUCCUUUGCAAAGCUUUUGUACCAACCUGCACUGAACAAAUUCAUGUGGUUCCACCCUGUCGGAAAUUCUGUGAGAAAGUGUAUUCUGAUUGCAAGAAGUUAAUGGACACUUUUGGGAUCCGAUGGCCUGAGGAACUUGAAUGUGAUAGAUUACAGUACUGUGAUGAGUCUGUUCCUGCAACUUUUAACCCACAUACAGAGCUUCUUGAUCCUCAAAAGAAAUCAGAACAAAUCCGAAGAGACAUUGGAUUUUGGUGUCCAAGGCAUCUGAAGACUUCUGGGGGACAAGGCUAUAAGUUUCUGGGAAUUGACCAAUGUGCACCUCCAUGCCCCAACAUGUAUUUUAAAAGUGAUGAGCUAGAGUUUGCAAAAAGUUUUAUUGGAAUAGUUUCAAUAUUUUGUCUCUGUGCAACCCUUUUCACAUUCCUUACUUUUUUAAUUGAUGUUAGAAGAUUCAGAUACCCAGAGCGACCUAUUAUAUAUUACUCUGUCUGUUAUAGCAUUGUAUCUCUUAUGUACUUUAUCGGAUUCUUGCUAGGCAACAGCACAGCGUGCAAUAAGGCAGACGAGAAACUGGAACUUGGUGACACGGUGGUUCUAGGCUCUCAAAAUAAGGCUUGCACCAUUUUGUUCAUGUUUUUGUAUUUUUUCACCAUGGCUGGCACUGUGUGGUGGGUGAUGCUUACCAUUACUUGGUUCUUAGCUGCUGGCAGAAAAUGGAGCUGUGAGGCCAUUGAACAAAAAGCAGUGUGGUUUCAUGCUGUUGCAUGGGGAAUACCAGGUUUUCUCACCAUUAUGCUUCUUGCCAUGAACAAAGUUGAAGGAGACAACAUUAGUGGCGUCUGCUUUGUCGGCCUUUAUGACCUGGAUGCUUCUCGCUACUUCGUCCUCUUGCCACUGUGCCUUUGUGUGUUUGUCGGGCUGUCUCUCCUCUUAGCUGGCAUUAUUUCCUUAAAUCACGUUCGACAAGUUAUACAACAUGAUGGCCGGAACCAAGAGAAACUGAAGAAGUUUAUGAUUCGAAUUGGAGUCUUCAGUGGCCUGUAUCUUGUGCCAUUAGUAACUCUCCUGGGAUGCUACGUCUACGAGCAAGUAAACAGGAUUACCUGGGAGAUAACUUGGGUCUCUGACCACUGUCGUCAGUACCAUAUCCCAUGUCCUUAUCAGGCAAAUACAGAAACUCGACCAGAACUGGCUUUAUUUAUGAUAAAAUAUCUGAUGACAUUAAUUGUUGGCAUCUCUGCUGUCUUCUGGGUUGGAAGCAAAAAGACAUGCACAGAAUGGGCUGGAUUUUUUAAACGAAAUCGCAAGAAAGAUCCAAUCAGUGAAAGCCGAAGAGUAUUACAGGAGUCAUGUGAGUUUUUCUUAAAGCACAAUUCCAAAGUUAAACACAAAAAGAAGCACUACAAGCCAAGUUCACAUAAACUGAAGGUCAUUUCCAAAUCCAUGGGUACCAGCACAGGGGUGACGGCAAAUCAUGGUACUUCUGCGGUAGCAAUCACUAACCAUGACUACUUAGGACAAGAAACUCUGACAGAAAUACAGACUUCACCGGAAACAUCAGUGAGAGAGGUGAGAGGGGAUGGAGCGAGCACCCCCAAAUUAAGAGAACGGAACUAUGAGGAGCCUGCCUCCCCAGCAGCACCCAGCUCCAAACCCUCCGGGGAACAGACGGACAGGAAAGGCCAAGGCCGGGCAGGCAACGUGAAUGACAAGAGCAGUGUGUCUGAAAGUGCGCGGAGUGAAGGAAGGGUAACCCCAAAGAGUGAUGUCCCCGGAAGUGGCCCAGUGCAGAGCAACAGCGUGCAGGCAUCCAGUUCUCCAGAGCCAGGCAGCCUCAAAGGCUCAACAUCACUGCUUGUUCAUUCGGCUUCAGGAGCUGGAAAAGAGCAGGGCGCUGGCGGUCAUUCAGAUACUUGAAAACCAGGCCAUCGUGUUACUGAGAAGGGGAUUCCUGCUACACUGGAGGUGCCAGUACACUGUCUUACAAGAAUCACUGUUACAGUUUGCUUUUGCACUUAAAGCUACAUCGCCUCUUGUUACACUGAAAACAAUAGAUUCUGAGAAUAUGAUUCAUUUCACACAGAGGUUAAUGGCAGCAAUAUACCCCCCCAAACGGGAAUGUGCAGGUUAAUAAUAUUUUUCAAGUUGUGUGGGAGGAGAGACUGUUAGAAGAAUCUUCAUUUUCGAUUUAUGAAGAUUCUUCUGUGUCAAAAGUGUUUUAAAUUGUACUAUGCUGUUUCACUUUUCUAGUAUAAAGUCAAGAUUUUUCUUUGCUGAAGUAUUUAAAACUUAUCUUCAUAUCAUUUUUAUAUAUUUGAAAAUGAAUUUUUAUGUUUUGAACUUUUUUAAGAAAUCUUAAGUCUAUUCAGAUAUUUUUAUGUUAUUCCAACAGCUGAUUUUAGCACUAUUUUGGUAGCUUUUACAUUGAAUUUCUAAGAAAAUAAGUUCUUUUGUAGUAUGAAAAGUAGUUGAUACACUGAAAUUCAAUUUAUCAUGGAAAUUCACCUUUAAAAACCUAUUUACCUUAUCAUCUUCAAUGUGUGAAUUUUAUGAAGUCUAGUUGUUUUAGGAAUUUCACAGAUCUAUUAUGCAACUGAAAUAAGGUGCUUACUGAGUGUCCAAUGUUGAUAUUAUGCUGCUGACUGAUCCUUCUGAUUUUUUAAAAUGAAAUUUUCUGAAGGAUUAGUAGAUGAAUUGUUACUCUUAUAAAUUAAGCCAAGUGCAAGGUGAAUUGUUACUGUUUUAUAAAUUAAGCCAAGUGCAAUUGAUUUCCUUUUUUAAUAUAUCAUGACUACCCAAGAUUGUGUUUGUAUGACCAUUUACAAUUGCUUAUACAUUUAACUUUUGUUUUUUUAACAUUUCGAAUACUACAGACUUUUUGCAUUUUUGCAGUAUCUUUCUCAGACAUAAUGUAGAAUUCAUCUGUGCAGCUAAAUAGGAUUUUGCUGAAUAUUCAAACAUGUGCUAGCAGUAUUAGUGCCAAACAAAUGGAAAAUAUAUAUAUACAGUCCUGAUAAACAGAAUAAAAUAUAUUUCACGUAACAUACUUUGAAAUAUUAAAGAAUUUUCUUAAUUUUGUUUUCAAUGAAUAUCUUUCCCUGAACGAAACUUUGUUAUACUUUUGGUCUUUUUCUCUUAUUUAACAUUCUGUUAAAGUGUAAAAAGAAAAUCAUCAUGUACUGUAUGAAAAAUGUAAAUAUUAACUUUUCCACAUUUUUUAACUUUGUAUACAAAAAUUUUAUGUGAUCUUUUCAGUAAUAAAAUGUUCUUUGCAU